UAAAAUUUUCCACCUAGUUCCUUGGGAUCACCAAAUAUGUCAUUAAUCUUCAUCCUUCUAGGCAUCCCUCUGUUCUUUUUUCUUCUCCUUAAACAGAGAAGCAACGGUAGCAAUACCAAUCUUCUUCCACCAGGACCACCAGGCCUUCCUUUGAUAGGAAACUUACACCAGUUCAUCAAGUCAGCUCCUCACCUUUAUCUUUGGCAACUCUCUCAAAAAUAUGGCCCUCUCAUGUCCCUUAAACUUGGUUACCGGCCAACUCUAAUAGUUUCUUCAGCAAAUAUGGCUAAAGAGCUCCUGAAAACCCAUGACCUUGAUUUUUGUAGUAGGCCUCAGUUGCUUAGCCUUCAAAAGCUGUCCUACAAUAGAUUAGAUGUAUCUUUUUCCCCAUAUAAUGCUUAUUGGAGGGAGAUUAGGAAAAUCUGCGUCAUCCAUCUCUUUAACUCCAAAAUGGCUGAACUCUAUCGUCCUAUUCGGGAGGAUGAAGUUUCUCAAUUGAUUGAAAAGAUUUUGAAAUCAUCUGCUGCCUCUAAACCCAUAAAUCUGAGCCAGGUUACAGAGUGUCUUACAAGCGCCUUCAUCUGUCGCAUAGCUUUUGGCAAAAGAUAUGAACAUGAAGGGGCAGAAAUAAGUAGGUUUCAUGAAUUCCAUGCACAACUUGAGGCUAUGUUUGUAAGCUUCUUUGUCACUGACUACUUUCCUUCAAUGGGUUGGAUGGAUAGAAUCACUGGAAUGACUUAUAGUCUGGAAAAAGUUUUCAAGGAAAUGGAUGCUUUUUUACAACAACUCAUUGACGACCAUCUUGAUCCAAAAAGACAAAAACCUAAAAGAGAAGAUAUAAUUGAUGUUCUCCUCCGGAUUAUGAAUGAUGCUGAGUCUACUUUUGAUUUUUCUUAUGAUAACAUCAAAGCCGUUCUCAUGGAUGUAUUUAUUGCUGGAACAGACACAAGUGCUGCCACAGUGAUUUGGGGAAUGACCUUGUUAAUGAAACAUCCAACAGCUAUGAAAAAAGCUCAAGACGAAGUGAGGAAUUUGGUUGGGAAGAAAGGAUUUGUAAACGAAGAUGAUAUUAAAGAUUUACCAUAUCUGAAAGCCAUAGUUAAAGAGACAUUCAGAUUACAAAGUACAACUCCAUUGCUUCUACCACGAGAGACAAUUCGAGAUUGCAACAUUAGUGGGUACAAAAUUCCAGCCAAAACGUUAGUUUAUGUGAAUGCAUGGGCAAUAGGAAGGGAUAUUGAAGCUUGGGGUCAAAAUGUUGAAGAGUUCUGUCCUGAAAGAUUCAUAGGUAGUUCCAUUGACUAUAAGGGACAAGAUUUUGGGCUCAUACCAUUUGGCUCUGGUCGAAGAAUUUGCCCUGGAUUGCAUAUGGGAGUUGCCACGAUAGAACUCGUGCUUUCUAAUCUUCUUUAUAGAUUUGAUUGGGAAAUACCUUGUGGGAUGAAGAAGGAAGACCUAGACUUUGAUUCAGCUCCUGGGAUUGUGAUGCACAAAAGAAAGGCCCUUUGCCUUCUUCCUAAGGAAUACAAAUAUUAAUACAAAGGGGGUUACCAAUACAAGGUUUCAUUUGCUUUGUCACAUGAAAGUCAUGAAUAAUUGAUAGUUGGCAGC